AUGAUUAAUGAUGCGUCAUCCAAACCUUUCGAACGUCUUUUUCGAACGUUUUCGAGAAAAUCUAAAGAAUUUCAAAAGAAAGACACUCUCAUAACAAUGUCGUCUGUGGCAGGAUCAAAGCGUCGAAUUGACAAUAAGUCGUGCAAAAUCAAGUACAAAGCUCUUAAAGCGUUGCAAAAGGGUACUGCGCCAAAGGAUGUGGCAAAAGAGUUCAAAAUUCCUCCAAGCACCCUGUCAACUUGGAAAAAAAAUAAAGAAAAGAUUUACAAGCAGUUUAACAACGGGCAAACAUCGAAGAGAUCAAAGCCAGAAAAAUUCGAAGAUGUGAACAAAGCUGUUCAUAAAUGGUUACUUAUGAUGAGGAGUGAGAAUAUCCCAAUCAGUGGCCCAAUGCUGAAAGAGAAAGCUCUUGAGUUUGCCGAAGCGUUGGGUGUCGAGUCAUUUCAAGCUUCUCAGGGGUGGAUGGCUAAAUGAAAAACCAGGUUAGUUGACUAAGAUUUUGUUUGUUUAUCUUCGUGAAGAUAAAAUCUAAAAAAAUGUU